UCUAAUAUAAAGUGAGUGGAAUUAUCAGUGUCACUUUAGAAAACAAAAUAAAACGUUUAAUAUAAAAAAAAUAUGGUUAUUAUAACUUCAUUGUUUAUAACUCUCAUAUUAGUUAAUGUAGGACAUGGCUUUGUAUGCCCAGAAUGCAACAAAUCGUUAUGUAAAGAGGUUUCUUGUGGACUGGGACAAGAAUUGAAACCCUCGCCUGCAACAUGUGGUUGUUGUGAUACUUGUUUCACUAUAUUAUAUGAGGGUGCUGAUUGUGGACAAUUUGCUUAUAUACUUCCUUCCACGUCCACAACAGUUUGUGCCAGAGGCUUAACUUGCUACGCCGGAAAAUGUCAAAAUGAACAGAAAGUUAUCCAAAAAUUAAGAGAAUCUCAAACGAAAACAAACAACUAAAAUAUUUUACAUUAGACUGUUGUACCAUUAUACAAAAAAAUUUGUAUAAAAAAUUCUAAAUAUAAUAAA